UCAACCGUUUAUGAACGACGUUUUUGAACACGCUGUAUAGUGUUUAUCGUACUGGUUGCCGCUUGGUUUUUUAUUGUAAAUACCCGUGUUUUGGUUGUGAUAAAGCAGCUAUUUAAUAUCGUAGCUCGAUUGAUACUACACUGUGCGAAAAAUAUCGAGAGGAAUAUGGCGUUAAAGUAUUUAGCUCUGCUAGUGUUGUGUGUAGUUAAAGUGAAUUGUAUGGCGUUGAAGGGACCGCCUUUGACUAGGUACGACCCUUGUGGAUUGGGGGUCAUACAUUUUGAUAGACUGAUGACAAAUUACUGGCAAAGUGUGCUGCAUUUAGGACUGUACAAGAAUUUGCUUGAAGUUGAAAUUGAGAUUUAUUUUGAGAAGAAAGUGACGAUCUUUGGGGUAUCUCACAACUCAAGCGUCCUAUCAUUAGGAGAACAUGGAUUCCGCAUCCAGCCAAGAGGGCCGGUUCCUCAGCAGUUCAAAUUCUACAUGAUCCUGGAGGGUCUGGGAGAGAACGACCCGGACGUCCCAACUGUCACAAAGUUCACUAUGAAUAAUGUCACUCUGUGCAGUGCCGAUAUUAAGAAAAACCAAACAGUAGAAUCACUGGAUGUCACAAAGAAAGACGAGAAGCACCACAAACAUAUCUGCGGGAGACGGUCUCUGGACCACACCGAGCUGGUCUCCGUGAGGACCGAGGCUAAGGCCGGGGACUGGCCGUGGCAUGUCGCCAUCUUCAUAAAAGACCUCGCUUCUAACACAAUGUCUUACUACUGCGGAGGGAAUAUAAUAUCGAAGACUGCUAUAGUUACAGCUGGUCACUGUGUCAUCAAGGAUGGUCAGAGGGUGACAGCAGAUAGGAUUGUGGUUGUGGCGGGAACAAAUAAUCAUAAGGAAGUGGGGCAGAUUGGCAGACAAAGUCUUCCUGUAAAAGAAGUGGUCCUCCAUCCAAACUACGACGGCCAAGCUACCUCCGACGUGGCCAUUCUAAAAGUGGACAGGUUCAAAUACACGGCGUACGUCCAGCCUAUUUGUGUUUGGGGUCCUGUGUACGAUAAGCAGAAUCUGAUCGGCCGACAUGCCACGGUGGUCGGCUUCGGUCAUGACGUAGACAACAAUCCCUCGGACGUGUUGAGGGCUGCCUACAUCAUGGUGCAGAACGACACCACCUGCGUGGAUUACUCUCCAAGCAUCUACAAGGACCUCCUUAACGAGUUCACCUUCUGCGCUGGAUAUGGACCUACUUCUGGUAAUAACCCAAGAAACGGUGACAGUGGAGGUGGACUAGUCGUUCCAGUCAUGCAGCUGGACCACAAAGUGAGCUGGUUCCUCCGGGGGGUCCUGUCCAAAUGCGGCGUGGCCCCCGGCCAUACGGAGUGUGACCCCCGCUACUACGUCGUCUAUACUGACGUUGGCCCCCACUAUGGCUGGAUAUACCACCACUCGGGCUUGGUUUUUGGAACCAAUGUUCUUUCUGACCACGCUUAAAGUUAUGAGAUGUGUUUUAACUGUAACAAAAAGUAGGUACAUUAAUUAAGAAAUGAAUUAGAAAGCAUUUAUUACGGACUUGUACCAUUGUGAUAUUAUAUUAGGCUAGUUCAUCCAAAUACGCCAUAAAUUUUCUUAUGGUGCUCUAUUAUUAGGAAAAUGUUAUCUUUAAUUUUAAUAGUUUGUAACAUACAAUAACAUUUUCAGUUUACCUAUGUAAAAAUUAAAUAUACAAUAAAUAAAAGGACAGAAAUGUCACAAAACAAAAAUACGUAUUGUAGAGCGCAUAUUAAUCCAAGUUCUGACA